AGGGACAAAAACGAGAUUUCACACAAUAAUAUAUAACAAAAUAGUCGUGAGUAAAACGAGGGACGCACUGUUCCAGUCUUGAUUACUUUAAUUUAUCUGCUUUGAAGUUUUCCAUUCUCCAACUAACUAACACGAUUUUCAGUUGGAUCUGAAACGGAAAAUGGCAGAGAACCAAAACGGAGUAGUUGUAGAAGAAGAACAGAGCUUCAACAACGAGAACAAGAAGAAGAAAACGACAACGGAAAACAUAUACGACGUCGUUCAUAGUCUAAUAUCCGAACCCUCUUAUACCGCAACUCGGAUCAAAACCUCUCUCUCUCCUUUCAUCCCCGAAGCUUCUAGAAACUACUCUCGACGCCUUCUUCUCUGGUCUCGUCAAGGCUCUCCCCUCCGCCCUCUCCUUCUAAUUUCGGUUGGGACAAUUGCUCUUGUUGCCUUGACAGGACUCCUUACCUUUCUGCUUGUCAUUCUUGUUGCAACUAUCAAUGCCAUUAUUGUCUCCCUUCUCAUUUCUUUGGCUGUAGCUGGAGGAUUCUUGGCUCUUUUUUUCGCUUUAGUGACUGCAAUAUAUAUCGGAGCAUUAUCAGUAGCCAUAUUUGCUAUUUCCACAGUUACAUUUUGGGCAACCGUGGCUAUUGUGAUUACUACAGGAUGGGUUGGAUUCUUUUAUACUGUAUAUUUGGUAACUAGAAAGAGCCUUGGAUUUGCAAAACACUCAUUAAGUGCGACUGGCUCUGCUGUUUCAACUUAUUCUUCUGCUUGGGGUAGCCGCAACCUUUUACACAAACAUUCCGAUUAGGAGUUGAUCACACAUAGGAGCUUAUACAUUAAGUUGCAUGCGCAAGUGGUGAACGGCAAAAGCUUCUUUUGUUGACUGGAACAUUCCUAGUUUCUUCUCAUGGUUUGGUUUAGAUGGCUAUGAUUAUCUUUGUACUUAUGAGCUGAGAGCAGUGUUGAUAAACAAUGCUGGUUGUAUGUAUUGUGUUUCAAUUAAGGGUUGAAAAAGCUGUGGUUUUUCUUUGUUAGCCUACGCUAUUAACUGGUAUUGUACAACUUAUAGCAUACAUGAAAUUGCAUUUAUGUGGUUAAUAAUGUAAUAUCUGGAAUGAGUUGUAAUUUCUCUCAUUGUGUUAUCAAAGGUGUAUGUGCGAUAUUAGUGUAGCUAU